AUGGUUUUAGAUCCAAGUGGCUGCUUAAAAUCCCGCCAGGACGACCUCCUUAUUGUCUUCUUUUCUGUUGUCCUGCCUUCACCAUUCGUCAAGUCGGCUAAUUCGGAGGCAAUACGAGAGCCAUCCGAGCCCAUUUCCCAGGACUCGUCUUUAAUUGGAGCACAGACUCUAGCCUAUCCAUACGGAGCCUGUGGCCCCCACGGGACCUGCGUACGCACCGCUUCAACUGGUGCAAUCUGGGCUGCCCUGACGACAGGCGACAUGAAUAGUGAGAGCGGUGGCACGGAGAAACGCGAAAAUGAUGGAUUCUACUGCAUCUGCCAGGCCGGUUUCCAAGUAGGUUCGAUGGGUCUGGAUGAGUUUACGUGUUUUUUUUUGCUAUUCAUUUUGCGUGAAACUUGUGUCGAGAAUAAUCUCAGGUUGCUCUCGUCCAAGCAUAAUUCGUGA